CCAAGGGUUGCACAUAUGGGGAGCAUUGGGGAAAUUCUCAUUGAGGCACCUCCACCUCAUGUGAAACGGGAGCCGGUGGAAGGGCUGCAAGAGCUCUGGGAAGCCCAGUGGCAGGAGUUCCUGAGGACACUGCAAGCUCCUGACUUAGGAUGGGGGAACCCUCAGACGUCUGGGGAGCCUACGCCAUGGGAGGACGCCAAGGCUUUCCUGGCCUCCUUUGAGCAAGUGGCGUCAGCGUGCCGGUGGCCUCGGGACAAGUGGGUGACCCUCCUCCUGCCGGCCCUCAGUGGAGAGGCGGAGCAGGCCUUCAGCGGCCUCAGUGCCCCAGACAAGGGAGACUACGGGAAGGUGAAGGCGGCCAUCUUGGAAGGGGAGGCCAUCUUGCGGGAGAGGCAGCGCCAGCACUUCCGGCAGCUCCGCUAUCGGGACACGGACGGGCCGAGGGGCGUUUACGGUCGGCUCCGGGAGCUUUGCCGCCAGUGGCUGAAAGUUGAGAAACACACGAAAGACGAGAUUUUGGAGCUGCUGAUCCUGGAGCAGUUCCUCAGCAUCUUGCCGGCGGCCAUGCAGAGCUGGGUUCGGGAUCGCCAGCCGGACACCUGUGCCCAAGCGGUGGCCCUGGCGGAGGAUUUCCUGCUGAGGCGGCCCGAGGCGGAGAAACCGGAACAAACGGUGAGGCUGCUUGGAGGGAUAUGA